CCCAGAGCAGGUCUUUAAUCCUCACUAGUAGCCUCUUUACUUACUUGUUGAGCUCGGGUCCGGCGCAGAGCAGCCGCAGCAGCCGCAGCCAUCAUGACUCACCACCGGACUCUCAGAAUCGAUUACGGUAAAACUGCAAGAGUGGUCUGUGUGCUGGGAUCCUCUCUUCACCUGGCCCUCCACAGGUGUGCACCUCCCAACUCCAAGUUCUUCUCGGUGAAAUGCACGCCCACCGUCAAGUACAGCGUGGUGCCGCCUCCCCAGGAGACCCCGCCCGGCUCCCCCGUGGUCCUGGAGGACAAGUCCAAGCUGCUCAUCUCCAUGACGUCCGCCAGCCAGCAUCAGGACGACAGCAAGCUGUCGGUCAGUUACUACGGGCAAGAUGAAGACGUUUUGGGGACCGCCGUCUUGCACUUGACCGCACUCGAGAUCUCUCUGGACGUGGACGCAGACCGAGAUGGUGUCGUGGAGAAAAACAACCCCAAUAAGGGGUCCUGGAAGUGGGGUCCUGACGGGCACGGAGCCAUCCUACUGGUCAACUGCGACGCCGAGCGCAGCUAUGUUGAUAAACCGGACAACAAGGUGGACUACAUCGCCAAGUUGUCAGAUCUGAAGGACAUGUCGGUGAUGGCCCUGCGGACCCGCGGCCCCGCCAAGCUUCCGGAGGGCUACAAGCUCACCAUGCACACGUGUGAGGGCCACGCAGAGGGCCUCAGGGUCUACAUGUCCAAGCCUCGCUACGGCAGACAGUCCUCAUCUGGCGCGGCCAAGGACUACACCCCAGUGCUGAGCAGCCACGUCCUGUCCGGGGAGGUUCCUUACGUGGGGGGUGAGGCAGAGACGAACUUUUACGUGGAGGGUCUCAGGUUUCCCGACAAAGACUUCGACGGGCUGGUCCGCAUCAGCCUCAGCCUGCUGGAGCCCAUCUCCCCGGAACUCCCUGAGACGCCCAUUUUCACAGACACAGUCACGUUCCGAGUGGCGCCUUGGAUCAUGACGCCAAACAUCUUGGAGCCCGCCGAGGUCUUUGUCUGCAGCACGUCAGAUAACUAUGCCUUCCUGAAAGGGAUGCGGAGCCUCGUUGCCAAAAGUGGAUACAAGCUGAGCGUGUGCCAUGAGUACAUGAACAGGGGCGACCGCUGGAUGCAAGAUGAGUUGGAGUUCGGUUACAUCGAAGCGCCACAUCAUCGCUUUCCCGUCGUCUUGGAUUCGCCGCGGGACGGAAAACUGUUGAACUUUCCGUACAAAGAGCUCCUGGGUCCCGACUUUGGCUACGUGACCAGAGUGGCGCCCAGAGAUGACGUGAGCAGCUUGGACUCCUUCGGCAACCUGGAGGUCAGUCCUCCUGUGACGGUGGACGGGAGGAAGUACCCGCUGGGGAGAAUCAUCAUUGGUGUGGCUUUUCCCACGACGACUCAGGGACGUCACAUGAUCAAAGUGGUUCAGGACUUCCUGUGGGCACAGAAGGUCCAGAAGCCGAUCGCCUUGUAUUCCGACUGGCUGGAGGUCGGCCACGUGGAUGAAUUCAUGACGUUUGUUCCCGCGCCUGACAGGAAGGGCUUCCGUCUGCUGCUGGCCAGUCCAGACGCGGGCUACAAGCUCUUCAGAGGCUUGAAGAACCAAGGUCACGGACAGGCCAAACUCUUCGAGGGCUGCAGGAACCAGGAGACCAUCACGGUGGACGAAAUACUUGAAGACACGGUCCUCCAGGCGGACAACAACUACGUCCAGAGCUGCAUCGACUGGAACCGAGACGUUCUGAAGCGAGAGCUGGGCCUGGAGGACUCGGACAUCAUCGACCUGCCCAUCCUCUUCCAGCUGAAGCAAAACGAAGGUGACGUGCACAGAGCGGUGGCCUUCUACCCCGACAUGGUGAACCUGAUAGUCCUGGGCAAAAACCUGGGCAUCCCUAAGCCCUUCGGCCCCAAGGUGGACGGCCGCUGUGCCCUGGAGGCGGAGAUGUGCUCCCUGAUGGAGGACCUGGGCCUCAGCUGCACCUUCAUCGACGACUUCGCUUCUUACCACCUCCUGCAGGGCGAGGUCCACUGCGGCUCCAACGUGCGCCGAGAACCUUUCGACUUCAAGUGGUGGAACCUGGACAUGUGAGGAGGGCGUCAGCAGACUGAACACACCAGAAGAAGUACAAUCAUUUACAACAGCACAGAAAGUUCUGGUCCGGACGGGACCACCUGGACCACACAUGGACUAUGAAGACCAGCCACCAGGGGGCAGCAAGUCCAACAGUUUGACAUGAAUAUUCCUAAUCAAGACUUCCUGCCUUAUUUAAUCACCUGCGUUCACACUUGUCAUGUUUAGGUCACUUCAAACAUACCGCUGCCACCGUACAAGUGGACCAAGACCACUUGAGGAAUGGGUCUUGGUCCGCUUGCUUGCUUGUGGAUCAGUCGGGUUCCAAAUCUGCAAAACCAUGGCAAAAAAAACACAAGAAAAGAAGCAUUCUGUCCUGUUUGACGACGCUUUAUACAAGUAGAUUUCAGAAAAAAACCUAAGAUGGUUCAAAUAGCAAACACAUCAGGGGUGUCCAAAGUACGGCCCUCAGCUCAUUUGUGGCCCUCAGCUCAUUGUGUGAAUGCUCCAAAACAUUCAUUCUUCUUCUUCUCCACAUUUUGGCGCUCUCUACCUUUCACAUUUUUCACCCGAUUCAAAGCGUUCCAACUUCAAACUGUUCAGCCUAUUUCCGGAAUCGCGGGCUUUCCCUUGAAAAAUUCCCAAAAUUUCCAGAUUUCCCAGAAUUCCAGGUUUUUCGGGACAUUUUUCCCAUUCAAAAUGAAUUGGCCAUUUUUCAAACUUUCACCAUUUCCACAUUUUUCUACCGAUUCAAACCAUUCCACCUUCAACACAUUCCACCAUCCUGGACAUUUAAACUACCUGUUUUCCAAAUUCAAAAAAAUUCCAUGAUUUUCCAGAAUUCCAAAAAUUCCCAGAUUUCCCAGAAUUCCAGGUUUUCCGGGACAUUUUUCCCAUUCAAAAUGAAUUGGCCAUUUAUCAAACUUUCACCAUUAUCACAUUUUUCCACCUUCAACACAUUCCACCCAUCCUGGAAAUUUAAACUACCUUUUUUCCAAGUUCAAAAAAAUUACAUGAUUUUCCAGAAUUCCAAAAAUCCCCAAAAUUCCAGGUUUUCCGGGACAUUUUUCCCAUUCAAAAUGAAUUGGCCAUUUAUCAAACUUUCACCAUUACCACAUUUUUCCACAUUUUUCCACCUUCAACACAUUCCACCCAUCCUGGAAAUUUAAACUACCUUUUUUCCAAGUUCAAAAAAAUUACAUGAUUUUCCAGAAUUCCGAAAAUCCCCAAAAUUCCAGGUUUUCCGGGACAUUUUUCCCAUUCAAAAUGAAUUGGCCAUUUUUCAAACUUUCACCAUUUCCACAUUUUUCAACCGAUUCAAACCAUUCCACCUUCAACACAUUCCACCAUCCUGGACAUUUAAACUACCUGUUUUCCAAAUUCAAAAAAAUUCCAUGAUUUUCCAGAAUUCCAAAAAUUCCCAGAUUUCCCAGAAUUCCAGGUUUUCCGGGACAUUUUUCCCAUUCAAAAUGAAUUGGCCAUUUAUCAAACUUUCACCAUUAUCACAUUUUUCCACCUUCAACACAUUCCACCCAUCCUGGAAAUUUAAACUACCUUUUUUCCAAGUUCAAAAAAAUUACAUGAUUUUCCAGAAUUCCAAAAAUCCCCAAAAUUCCAGGUUUUCCGGGACAUUUUUCCCAUUCAAAAUGAAUUGGCCAUUUAUCAAACUUUCACCAUUACUACAUUUUUCCACAUUUUUCCACCUUCAACACAUUCCACCCAUCCUGGAAAUUUAAACUACCUUUUUUCCAAGUACAAAAAAAUUACAUGAUUUUCCAGAAUUCCGAAAAUCCCCAAAAUUCCAGGUUUUCCGGGACAUUUUUCCCAUUCAAAAUGAAUUGGCCAUUUUUCAAACUUUCACCAGUUCCACAUUUUUUAACCGAUUCAAAUCAUUCCACCUUCAACACAUUCUACCAUCCUGGAAAUUUAAACUACAUUUUUUCCAAGUUCAAAAAAAUUCCAUGAUUUUCCAGAAUUCCAAAAAUUCCCAGAUUUCCCAGAAUUCCAGGUUUUCCGGGACAUUUUUCCCAUGCAAAAUGAAUUGGGCAUUUUUCAAACUUUCCCCAUUUCCACAUUUUUUAACCGAUUCAAACCAUUCCACCUUCAACACAUUCCACCAUCCUGGAAAUUUAAACUACCUUUUUUCCAAGUUAAAAAAAAUUCCAUGAUUUUCCAGAAUUCCUGCUUUUCCAAAGCCCUACACUACCGUUCAAAAGUUUGGGGUCACCCAACAAUUUUGUGGAAUAGCCUUCAUUUCUAAGAACAAGAAUAGACUGUCGAGUUUCAGAUGAAAGUUCUCUUUUUCUGGCCAUUUUGAGCGUUUAAUUGACCCCACAAAUGUGAUGCUCCAGAAACUCAAUCUGCUCAAAGGAAGGUCAGUUUUGUAGCUUCUGUAACGAGCUAAACUGUUUUCAGAUGUGUGAACAUGAUUGCACAAGGGUUUUCUAAUCAUCAAUUAGCCUUCUGAGCCAAUGAGCAAACACAUUGUACCAUUAGAACACUGGAGUGAUAGUUGCUGGAAAUGGGCCUCUAUACACCUAUGUAGAUAUUGCACCAAAAACCAGACAUUUGCAGCUACAAUAGUCAUUUACCACAUUAGCAAUGUAUAGAGUGUAUUUCUUUAAAGUUAAGACUAGUUUAAAGUUAUCUUCAUUGAAAAGUACAGUGAUUUUCCUUCAAAAAUAAGGACAUUUCAAUGUGACCCCAAACUUUUGAACGGUAGUGUAUUUCCCCCAUUCUUUCUGGCGACUAGUCCUUUCAAAUUUUCAACGCAUUUCAGUUUAAAUGUUUUAUGCUGAUAGAACGCUUUUUUUUUUUGCACCAUGACUAGGGAAGGUUGUUUGAUUGGGUCAUAUAAGUUAAUGCUGUGCAUGUAUUUACAUCGGUGUACAAUUAAUGGCCACUGACUUGAGUACUUCCGUCAGCCCUCAAGUGGGGUUUUAUAAUACCCACAAAGUUCAAUGAGCAGUGUGUGACCAUGUUUGUUGAAUUUUUUUUGUAUGCACCAUGACCAGGGAAUGUUGUUUGAUUGGGUCGUAUAAGUAAAUGAUGUGCGUGUAUUGACAUCGGUGUACAAUUAAUGGUCACUGAGUUGAGUAUUUUCGUCGGCCGUCAAAUGGUGACUAAAUGACAGCUAUCAAACUGCUGACUCCUUGUAUUUGUAUGCCAAAUUGAAGAUGCCGGCGGAUGGCACUUGGCCCGCGAGCCGUAGUUUGGACACCCCUACCAUAAUCAAACUUUUUUAGAUCCCUGCCUUAAUUAUUGUGCAGUUUUGACUUAACAAAAAAACAAUGUGAAGGCUAAGCAAAAUAUCUUUUUUGACCCUUCCGAGCACAAAGGUGAACGCAGCCUUAAAGGGAAGAGUGUUACAUUCCGGGAUAAAGAAGAUCUCUCACACAAUCGUGGUAAAGGCAACUUGAAGAUGAGUCACAGUGGAGUUGAACACCUCACAAAUGCAACACUUGACACCGAGUAACCUGCAAUGUACACGUGUCCAAUAAAAGGAGUGGCGGGAACAACAUGUACAGAACUCGCACAAACAAUAACUGACCUGUGUUGCUGGUCCACAGUACACAUAUUUGCACGUCACUUGCCUUUUUACCGGGGUUACAAAAAUGUUCCUGGAGUCAUUUAGCGUCACACAUGUGGCCUCGCUGGGAGAUGGUUGAAUAAGUUAGGAGGGAAAAGGACUCACGUGACAAUAAGACGUGGUGACACUUUCCCUUCCUGGUGGGAAAACUAAUCAAACCAAGAUGUCUGCUCAGUGGUCGGGAGAGCAGACUUCAUCUGUGACAGGCGUCACGACCCUGAAAGGGGGACUUUUGAGAGCAAGACUCAAGUCCUCAGAGCUCCUGUCGGCGUCUGUCGGGACAGGCGGCGAGUUCCCAGCCCGACGGUUCCGGGUUCUGGCGUCAAAGGUGACCUUCUGUCAGUCGCUUGGUUUCCGACGUGCGGCGCCUCUCCCAGAAAUGCUGUGACGGCGAUAAACAGGAAGUCAAAGGUGAGUGGAAUCAUUCAAAGUCCUGGUGUGUAUUUGUUGGUGGUGCCACUCUCCCAGGACAGAGUGACUAAGUGAUGGGUGAUGAGCCAACAAGACGCCAACCAGGAAUUGUCCAACAAAAAACUUUAUUUGUUUCAGCGAGCCUCAGACUGGAACUGCAGCUUCCAGGAGAAAUAGUAUGGGCCUUUAGUGUAGUAGUAAU